AGCGCCGUCCAUGGUGGGGUCUCGCCCGGGGCGCCGCGCCCGGAGCCGAGCGCCAUGGACGCGCCGCUCGACGCGCCGCUCCUGCUGAGCGGCGCCCUCGGGGGCCCGUUCGUCGUUUAUGUCUUGACCCCGAUGCGGAACGCGCUGACGCUGGGCUCGCAGGACAGCCGCUCUGUCGCGGCCGGGCUCUACAGGAAAGUCUUCCGCGGCGGCUGGGCGAGCGGCUGGAAGGGCGGUGGCGCCCCGGCGGUCAUGGCCUGCCCCCAGUUCCUCGCCGUGGGGCCGGCCUUCCACGUGAUGCACCAGCGGGCGCGCGAGCUGUCCGGGUCCGGCGCGUCCUCGGGCCAUCGGGUGCUGCCAGCCCUGGCGGCGUCGUGCGGCGCGGGUCUCUUCGAGACGGCCCUGACUUACGCGGCACAGUCGCGGAAUGCCCAGAUCGCGUACAACAAUCUCGGACGCGUUUGUGAGCUUCUCCUCGACCGCCCCGAUGCAGAGGAGGACGCCGCUAGCUCUGAACCCGGUCUACAAGCCCUGGGGGCCGGGCUUCGGCGCAAUGGCCGUCCGCAACAUGGCCAGCGUGUCGAGCAUCCGAAGCCUGUCGCCGUGGCUUCAGGAGCGGCUGCCAGGUUCGGGAUCUCUGAGCUUCAACGUGAAGGCCAGCUUCUGCGACUUCCUGGCGUGCCUUUCCGCGUGUAUCAUAUCCGCGCCGGCGAACCAGGUCUUCAAUGCUCACGCCUGUCGUCGUACCUCCGCCCCCCACCCGAGAAGUCCCCGGCGGAGCGGCUGGCGCUGGCGAGACAUUUCCUGAAUCGCCAGUACUUCGUUCCUCUGCAGCCGGACCGCAUGGGCUACACGGCGGAGGUUGAGCGGUACAGCUGGAACAUCUCGCGAGUUGUUGCCAGGGACUUCUGCCUGCGGAGUUCGUACGCAAUCUCUCUCCUCAUGCUCUUCAUGUCCAUCGAGCGCACGCUCUGUGCGGUCUUGCGCCCGUAUGAGCUGAAACGGGUAUGCGAGAAGAGUCGGGGGCUUGACGCACAACCUGUAGAGAUGUGCUUGGCACGGCACUGAGCUGUAGUGCAUACGACUCUAUUUGUAUCGAAUAUAUUUUUCGCGGUAGCCAUAGGUGGCCGUUUUACGGCCCGAGUAGGAUUUUACCAUCAUGCCACAGCUGAGGCGGCCAUCCGCUCGCUGGCUUUUUGAGCAGCAGGGACAAGAACGGGGAUGCACGGGCGUUACCGCGACGAUGUCUCUCUUCUCCGUUGACUGGUCCACGAGAGGGUGCCGAACGUUGAUUUUGUGCGCACUUGCUAACGCGUAUCGUACGAGCGUUGUGUUGUAUCCAGCGCGUGCCGCGCGCAGCGUCUACCGGAACGGGCGGCGUUGUUCGAGGUAGCUCUGAGGAUUUCUGUAGGGUGUAGCAGUCCAGCUGCGCUGCUGCGCGCAUCCGCCGACGCACUGUGCUGGGGGAAAGG